ACAAUUGGCAUUUUGCAAACCAAGUCAGGAUCGAUAUUGGACAAGUAUGGAUUUAGUUCACAUCCAGUUGAUAUAACUUGUUACAAGGGACGAUUUUAUGCCGUAAGCCAUAAUGGGAGGGUUUCGGUUUUCGACAUUGAAAACCCUACCAAGGAAGCAAAAACUGAGGUUGUUGUUCCACGGCUGCCAAGGGAACUACUUGUACAUAUUUCUCCUGGUAGAGUGAAGUCUUUGGUGGAGUCAGCAGGGGACUUAUUAGUAGUUUCGGCUCAUGAAGAAGGUUACGAACGAGCUCCUAAGUUUAGGGUUUUCAAGGUGCCUUUGAGGGAUGGCAAUUGGCAGUUAGACUCGGAAGUGAAGGACUUGGGUAAUAGAACCCUAUUUUUGGGUGAUAAUAAUACUUCAUUCUCUGUUUUGGCCUCGGACUACUCUGGAUGCGAGCCGAAUUGCAUAUACUUUUUUUCAUACAUAUCUCAGCAGUACAUAUAUUCCCGGCAGCCUCAUAACUAUCUUUUACCUUCAAGAGAGAACAUAGACAUUGGUAUUUUUCAUAUGAAAAAUGGAAGAAUUCAGGAACACUUUUAUUGGGAACAAAGAAGGUUCCCUACCUUUGGGACACCUUGUUUGUGGAUUCAACCGAAAUUUUUAGAGGGAAAUUCUUGCUUUGCGCCAACUACCAACAAAGUCACAGGGAGUUACAGGAAAAAACAAAGUCGAAUGUGCUUAAGCCCUUGGGUUUAGUCCAAAUGGCGAGUGAGGAAAUUUUUUAUUUUUUUUUGGAAAGUUACUUUUCUCUUUGUAGUGAAGAAUAUCAAUGGAAUUCUGCUGCUUUUGAUUGGAUUAAGGCUAAUAGUGAUUCUGUUAAGGAGGCUGAUAGAGUGCAGGCUUUUUUGCUUGGAACCCUCCUGAACUUGGCCAAUUAAAACUGAAUGUGGAAUGGCUCUGGGAAGAGUGCCUCAGGUCUUAUUGGAGCAGGAGGGGUUAUUCGCGAUUCCUCUGGUGUUUGGAUUGCUGGCUUUGCUGUGAACUUGGGUCAAGGCCAGAUUUUGGAGGUUGAGGUUUGGGGAUUAUAUUUUGGGCUUUAGUUGGCCUUGGACAAUGGUAUCUCUAAUCUUCUUGUUGAGGUGGAUGCUGCAAUUGCUGUGUCUCUUGUUCAGCAAAUUGGUACAUUGAAUUGUCACCCUCUUGCUGUGUUGGUGGAUAGCUGUUGUGUUCUUAUGAGGCGUAUUGGCAACUGUCACCUUGCUCAUGUUUACAGAUAAUAGAAUUUUGUAGCAGAUUGUAUGGCUAACUGGAGCUCCAAUUUAGACCUAGGAGUUUGCUAUUUUGAUGAUGCUCCUGCCCGGGUUACCUCCUUCUUAGUGGAUAAUAUGUUAGGCCUCGCUAAACCCUUGAUAGGUCUCGUUUGAUUUGUAUUAGUUAGUUGUUUCUUUUUGGGGUUUUUUUCCCUCCUUAUUUCAUCCAAAAAGAAAAAGAAAAAAAAAAGAAUAUCAAUGGAAUUCCAAAAAGUUACACCAAACA